GACCUGUAGCCUACCUGUCCAAAAGGCCAGAUCCAAUGGCUAGCGGGUGGCCCCAUUGCCUAAAAGCUAUAGCAGCAGCGGCCCUUCUAAUAAAAGAUGCUGAUAAAUUAACGCUGGGGCAAAAGCUAACCAUUAUAGCCCCUCAUGCCCUGGAGAACAUCAUUCGUCAGCCUCCAGACAGAUGGCUAUCACACUCUAGAAUAACUCACUACCAGAGCCUGUUGCUUGACAAAAACAGAAUAACACUGGGACCCCCAGCCCCACUUAACCCAGCUACGCUCCUACCUGAAGAAUCGUCAGAGCCUGUCAUUCAUGACUGUCAACAUAUACUGGCAGAAGAGACCAGUAUACGACAGGAUCUAAAGGAUCAGCCACUGCCCCAUCCUGAAGUCGUGUGGUUCAUGGACGGCAGCAGCUUCCUCCAGGACGGUAAGCAACGAGCUGGGGCAACAAUAGUUAGCAGGACUAAAGUCAUCUGGUCCUCUGGUCUCCCAGAAGGGACAUCUGCUCAAAAGGCAGAGCUGAUCGCCCUUACGAAGGCAUUAGAACCAGCAGCAGGCAAAAAGGCCACCAUAUAUACUGAUAGCCGUUAUGCAUUUGCUACCGCCCAUAUACACGGGGCUAUUUAUCAGCAAAGGGGACUAUUAACUUCAGCUGGAAAAGAAAUAAAAAACAAAGAUGAGAUUCUCCGCCUUCUCUCAGCAGUGCAAAACCCCAAAGAAUUAGCUAUAGUACACUGCCCAGGGCACCAAAAGGGAAAUGAUCCCCUGGCGGUUAGAAACAGAAGGGCAGAUGAGGAAGCUAAAUUGGCAGCUCUCAACGGAGUAAUCAUGUUAACACUUUCCUCACCGGGGGAACAACAGUCAGGAGAUUUGACUUCGUCGGAGUACCCAGGCAACUUAUCACCUCAGGAAACUGACACUGGACUCCUUGACUCCACUGGGCAUCAACUCACUCACCUAGGUUCAAAGAAACUACAGGCAUUCCUGAAGGAUCAAGAGCAGAAAUUUCCGCUGACCGACACACAACGAGAAGAAAUAGCCGAACGGGUAAUGAGAGCCUGCCGGGUCUGUCAAUUGGUUAAUGCUUACCCUUCCAAGCUUCCCACAGGGAAACGCCUACGAAGAACCAGACCAGGGCAAUUCUGGGAAGUGGACUUUACUGAAAUUAAGCCAGCAAGGUAUGGACUUGAAGUAUCUCCUAGUUUUUGUAGAUACUUUUUCAGGGUGGGUUGAAGCCUUCCCCACGAAAAAAGGAAACAGC